AUGCCCGCUGAGAAAGGACAUGCCCCGCUUGCCUCCGUUGAGCCUCGCCUCGCCUUUGUUCACCGUCAUUUCUUUGACAACCAUCAAGUCCACGCCUCAAAGGACGGCGUCAAUGACUUUCUAUAA